AAACUAGGUAUGACUGUUUUAAAUUGACUGUACCUAUAGAUUUUUCGAUAUAUCUAUUGAUACAAUAUAUGAGUGAUAAAUUACUCCAUCUCGAAGAAUCAUUGCGUAAUAAUACUUCUGUAUCCAUCAAUGAUGGUAAUACUAGUAAUGGUGACUCUCGUUUAAAUCAAAAUUCCCACUAUUCGUCACGGAAUUAUUCUAACGAUCAUGGUUCAGAAUCUGCAUUGUUGGAGGAUUGUGACCGGGAUUUCGUUACUAAACCAGUAGUAACAAGACCAACACUAGGUGACAAGCGUAACAGUACUGCGACUGGAAGUAGUAGCAGCGGCAUUGGUACAAUGCCAGGGGGGAAUAAUCGCACUGGAUCCAACAUCAUAGCUUUAAGUGGCUACGAGAAAGACAAAUUUUCACUAACUUCUCGUGAAAGCGAGAAACAACUAAAAAUGCCCGUUGUUACUCAAGAUCAUUCAAAUGAUAGUCAGAAUAAAUCUAGAGAAUUAUACCGUACUCAACUAACCGAUUCACAAUUAAUGAGACGUAAAACCUACGGAAAUGCACGUUCUAGCAGUCCUACAGUUAGUACAGAUACCAACUCCGAAACUCAUGUUCCAAAUGAAAAUUGUAAUGAUCAAUCUGCCUUAUCAAGGUCAAGGAAACGUGCAAGAAGUGAAGUCCCUAGGAUGGGAUCUACUGGUUCAAAUAAUUUAUCAUCGAAUCCUUUACUCAGAUCGGUUAAUGAUGACCAAGAAGACAGUGAAGACGGCGAGCGAGUUGCUUUGAAUAAAGGUAAUUCACGCUCAGAUAUUGAAGAAGAUGGAUUUCAUACUGGAAAUGAUUUCGACGUAGGCAUUCGUGGUAGACACCGCCGUCAAACGUAUCAACUAAACAGCCGUCAGAGAGACUCAUCUCUAGGUCGGUAUACACGAUCGACAGCGUAUGGUUCUUCAGGAGGCACAUUGCCUCGUCGGCAGCGUAUGACAGGGAGUCUAACUCGGGCUACCACAAUCAGUGGUGUUGAUCCACAUGGUACUUUAAGAUCAGCAUGUAGGCUUGCUCACUCUAUUCGUGCUGGCAUUAUUCCACCCCCACCAUCAGAGCCUCCUCCUGCUACACCACUCUCUGGUUCGUUGAUAUCUGAAUUAGAAUCUAUUGGACCAAAUGCAGUUACUGGUUUACUAAAUCCAUUCGCAUUACAGCUGCAUAAUUCACAACAACAACAGCAACAACAGGCUUUAGCAGCAGCUGUUGCAGCAGCCGGUGGAUUUCCACAAGUCUUAUCAGGUGUCAAUCAGAAUAAUCUGACCAAUUCUUAUAUGCUUAGUCCUGCUUUAUUGAAUGCUGAGACUAAUAAAUUACUUCAAUUACAACAAGCUAAACUAUUAGCUCAACAUCAAGUUGGUUUGGUGGAACAACAAUUACGUCAGCAACAGCAGCAACAACAACAACAGCAACAACUUCUAGCUGCUGCUGUGGCUGCCAACAGUUUAAUGCAAAAUCCCACAGUAAAUGGUCAUACUCUAUCAAAUGGAUCAUAUCUUCAAGGUUUCGGUACAUAUGGUCGUACAUCACGGCCUGGUUCGACCAUCCCACCUUCUAUGCAGUCAUAUUUAUCCCCAGGAAAUUUAUUAGCUGUUCAGCAGCAACAGCAAUUAGAAGCAAAUCAAUUAUUAUUAUUAAACGAUGCAAAUGUACAAAUGUCGACAUUGAAUUUUACGGGCUCUCCAUCUGUGAAUCUAUUGAAUUCAGAAUUAAAUGAAGCAGCCAGUAUAAGCAAAUCAUCCGCAGACUGUGGUGGUGGAGGUGGAGGAUCAGGUUCAGUGGUUUAUGAAAACUCCUACAGCUCAUUCAAUAAACUUUUGACAAACAGUGUUCUGCCUGACUCAUCUCUAUGUCAACCCGGUUUACAAUCAUUUAUUUCUACUAAUGGAUCAAAUCCGAAUGAUGCAAUUUAUAUAGGGAAUUCACAAAAUGUAUCAAUCAUGAAUGGUACGAUUGGGCAUGAUAAUAACACAGCUCCUCCACUAGUCCAAACGUUUAUAUCUUCCGUACAACAAUCACAGCAACAACAGGGUCGUUCAAAUAAUCCCGGGCUAAUUGACUCUACUAGAAGUAUUGAACCAACUUAUUCCACUACAAAUGAUGCUUUACGUGCCAAAUCAAAGUCUCAUUCAGAUUCAGUGGUUGUUGUUGAAAGAAAAUCUAAACGCCAUUGUCCAUGGUAUUACUGGAUUAUUAGUAUAUUGAUAUUAGCCUUCCUUCUCGCACUUGUACUGGCUGUAUCCUUUUCAGAGGAGAAGAAACGUUUAGACCAUCGGUUACAAGAACGAUUCGCUCAAGAUCCUGCGAUUAUAGGUCUUUUUGAUCCUAACUCACCUCCAUAUAUCUUAGAAGCAAAUAAGCCUGUAAAUAUUGUUCUAGAGCCAAUGAAAUCAUGGUCAGGUCAAUGGCAUAUGCCCACAGCGCGUUAUAUACGCUAUAAUAUUACAGUAUCUUCGUUAGCCUCAUCAAUUGGUGUAUUUAUGCGUCACAACACAAUGCCAACCAUUAUACAUUAUGAUAUAUUCGAUAGGAUAACUGGACAUAAUUUAUUAGCAAAUUCUGGUCGACAAGAAUUAGGCAGUCGUACAAAGCGUUCCACUCAAUCAACUAAUAGAAAUUCAAAGUCUUUAAUUCAUAUAGGUCCUAAAGAUGAAUUACGUGAAACUGGGCGUUUGCAUUAUUUAGAUGAAGGGAUAUGGUUUCUGGCUUUGGUUAACGAUCAACCUCGACGUGAACCAAUCAAAUUCGCUAUCGGUGAUGCAGUAAUGCGACGAGGUUGUCCAAAUGAUUGCAGUAAUCGUGGUGUGUGUGACGGUGGUGUUUGCGAUUGUGUGAAUGGAUUCAAAGGUCCAGAUUGUUCAAUAGCUGAGUUACCGAAAGUUUGCAGUGGGCAUGGUGAUUACGCAUCUGGUGCUUGUCGAUGUUAUCCUGAAUGGAAAGGUCAAGAGUGUCAGACAUUAUGGUCUGAAUGUGAAGAUCCUACCUGUUCAGGUAAUGGUCGUUGUGUUGUUGGUGAAUGUCAGUGUUAUGAAGGUUAUGCUGGAAAUUUGUGCCAGACACGAACGUGUAUCUCUUUCAAUUGUUCUGGUCACGGAGUUUGCAUGAAUGGAAAUUGUCGAUGCUUCAAUGGUUGGUCUGGUAUCGGUUGUGAGCUACCUGUACCUAAUCAUUUAAUAAAUUCUGAACUAAUUCAUCCGUCUAAUGGAGCAUCUACAUCUGGUAACACGGGUAAUGGAAAUAAUAAUAAUAAUAAUAAUAAUAAUAAUAAUAAUAAUAAUAAUAAUAAAAUGUUUAACCGAUUAAUGAUGAAGUCACUGUCUUCUCCUUCUUCAUCGUCUGUACGAGCGAUGGGAUUAUCAUCCGCACCUGUUAGGUUGUUGUUGGAUGCAGCAUCAGAACAAGAAUGCACACUCGACUGUAGUUCCCACGGUGUAUGUGAAUAUAUGGAUGGUUAUGAUCAGCCUGUAUGCCGAUGCUUUUCUGGUUGGACAGGUUCCGAUUGUUCUACAAAACGAUGCGAUACUCGUUGUUUUAUAAAUGGACAUUGUACUAAUGGUACAUGUAUUUGUAAAGUCGGUUGGAAUGGAAAAUACUGUACAUUAGAUGGUUGCCCAGAUCAUUGUAAUGGACACGGUCAAUGCAUCAUGAAUACAUUGACUAAUUUUUAUUAUUGUCAAUGUUCUCCUGGUUGGUCAGGUAGUGCGUGUCAACGACAAAUCGAAACAAUAUGUGAUGAUGGGAUAGAUAAUGAUCAUGAUGAUCUUGUUGAUUGUUUAGAUCCCGAUUGUUGUACAUCGACACAUUGUGACCGACUCAUUAAACUUGGUCCAAAUGCUGGUGGUCUAGCUGCUGAUAACGCUCAACAAAGUUGUGCACAUAGUGAAUCAUUUGAUUAUUACUUAUUAAUUACACCGAUUGCACCCUUGGACAGUGCAUUUUAUGGCCAAUUAGAAUUCCUUCUAAGACGUGAACGUAUUGUUGUAGAGAACUUUGAUCCCAGACGUAUUUCCGUUGUUCGUGGUGUGGUUCGUCAGUGGGAUGGAACUGUAUUUUGGGGUUGUCGUGUAUCCGAUCGAGCUAAUAUGCAAAAUGGAUACACACUAACUGAUAAGAAUGGAAGAUUUGACUUACCAGUUGAUGGGGGAACAAUUGUUCAGUUAGAAUUCUUACGGUAUCCGACUGAUCGAUUUUCAGCCAUACAUAAUUUAUAUGUCCCUGUUAAUCAAAUUGUCAAUAUGGGUGAUUUUUAUAUGUAUGAUGCUAAACAAUUAUCACAUAAUGACCUACCCACAACAAUAACAACGAAAACUAAUACAAAUAAUAUUAUAUCAGGGGAUUUUGGGGGUACACUUGGUCCAUCACCAAUACACGGGGAUUUAUGGAUUAUGAACAGUUUUAUGCCCAAGUUCUCAGAUAAAGAUAUAGUCGUAGAAAAUUUAUGUAUUAGUGGAAAUAUACAUGACAUAGUUACACUUGGUGGUCCUUAUAUCCAAAGCAAUUCAUUAAUGGAUAUUUCUACUAUUUGCCUAGAUGAGCAAAAUGUCAUAUGCGUCAGAAAUGGAGCAUUGAUGUAUAAUAUUCCGAUAAAGGAUACACAACUGCGGCUUAUAUACCGUUCCGAUCGCACUUCCGGUUACAAACCUGGCAUAUCUAUUCAUUUAUUAGCAUCGAAUCGCGCUCCACCUUUGAAUUUGAAAGAAAUUCACCUAGUAAUUGAUAUUGCUGGUCAACGCCACGUGAAGCUUUUAGAACCUGAACCUGGCUUACUAAACACUUUCUACUGGAAUAAAACGGAUGGUUACAAUCGCUCUGUUUAUGGUUUAGCUGAAGCUAAAGUAUCUGUUGGUUAUGCAUACACGAACUGUCCACGUAUUUUCUGGGAAUAUCGAGUUGUCCAACUACCCGGAAGCGAACUAAUCAGUUCAGAUUUAGCUAAUUGGAAUUUAAAUAUUUUACAUACGUAUGCGGUUAGCCAUGGGAUUAUUUAUCGCGGUGAUGGUUCACAUUUCUACUUGAAACAAACAGACUGGCAUAUUAGUGCAGUCAUUGGACUAACUGAACAACGUCGACCGCCAAACGACUGUAGUCAAUGUUCAAUUAAUGAUAAACCAACUCGACAAUUAUCUCUACGUAACCCAUACUGUUUACUAACUGAUUCAGUUGGCAAUCUUCUAAUUGGAGAUGGGGGAUUUUUACGUUGGUUAAAUUCAACUAAAUCAGCCGAGGAGUACAAGUCUUCAUCAGUGUUAUCGUCUUCCUCACUAUCUUUUAGAGCGCCACUGAUAAGAUCAGAUUCACUAAACAGUCCAUUUCAAGAACAAUUGAAACGUAAUGAUCGUAGAAGAUGGGAAACAAUAAUUGAUUACAAGCUUGACUUUCUUCAAUCUAAUUUUGAUGAAGAUCAGUUAACAAACUAUUUUAUAACUGUUCAUCCAAAUUAUAUAUAUCGUACAAACGAUUACACUAUGGUAACAUUAUUAGGGAACAGUGGAAAUGUUGGUGGAGCAGACCUUUCAAAUGGAUUAUUCCUGUCACACACGAGUAGUAAAAGCAUAUGGUGGCUAAAAACUACACCAGAUUUAUCAGCACACUUACUUAUUGGAGGAAAUUGUCAAUCGCCAAGCUCUAAAUCUAACAUUAAUUCUGAAUCAUCGUCCUCAACUGCAUUCAACUACCAAGAGUUCUGUAUUAAACAGAAUUUGAAAUCCCCUAAAGGAAUUGCCGCUACACAAACGGAAUUGUAUUUUAUUGAUUCUCAAUCUAUUUGGUCAUUGUCGUUACGGCAAACUGGUUCUAGUACGAUCCCAUUUUCCCGACUUGUAAUUGGAAGUGAUCCAAAUUAUUCAUCAAAUCCAAAGUCACUUAACACAACUACCUCAGGGACCAGUAUUCCAAAAACAACUCCAUCUUCAUCGACACCACCUUGUGACCGAUCUGUCCCGGGAAAUCAGAUGUUGUUAAAUAAUCCUGAACACUUGGCAUUUAACACCUUAGAGCAAACAUUAUACUUCUCUGAUAACGACCAUGUUUAUCGUUACCAUUUAGUCAAUCAAAUGGUAUCGUUAGCAGCUGGACGCCUUAAAGGCUGUCCUAUUAAAACAGAUGAUUGGAGUUUUGCUCCACUGGCAACACAAGUUGAAUUAGGUGAUAUUCGUGGUCUCAGUGUAUCACCUCAAGGUGAUUUGUUUAUCGCGGGACCUCAGCAUAUAUGGAUCCGUCGGUCGAAUGAUAAUCGCUUGUAUCCUAUUACUGGAAUUCAUCCUAGUCAACCUAGACAGUUCAAGGGAGAUGUGAAUAAUUCAAAGAAACGUCAUUCUAGCACUGAUGAAAGUGUUAUAGAUUUAGGAUUAGUCAAUGAAUUUUCAUUUAACAGUAUUAGCAGUAUAACUGUCAGUUUAUUUGGUGAACUAUUUGUAGCCGAUAAUUCACAUAACAGAGUAUAUCGUAUACAUUAUCAAUUGCCGGAAAAGUCUGAAACAGGCAACACAUAUCGUAUACUAUAUUCACAAACAGAUGAAAUCGAUUCAUUCGGUUCUUAUGGCCAAUUGAUUUCAACUGAGAGUGCUUCUACUCAAAUGAUAUCACAUAGACUGGAUUAUCGUAAUAAUGAAAUAAGCGGUUGGCUUUCACAAAUUCGUGGUGAUGAUCAUAAUAUUAAAUUAAGUAUACAUCGUGAUACACAUGGAAAUCUUUUACGCCUUCAAACCCCAACAGGUCAUCUGUACAAUGUAACACUGGAGCCUGGUUCUGGACAACGCAUUAGUACUCUUGUUGAUCCAGUUAACGGAGGUCUUUGGAAAUUUCUUUAUUCAUCAGACGGUCUCUUAACUUAUUUAAAAAAUCCACAGGAUUCAAGUUAUACACAAUUUCACUAUGCUCCUGAAUCAGGUCGUUUGCUACAAAUUACAUAUCCGAACGCUAAAUCUAUUGAUGUAGCUCGUAUUGUCAGGAGUCAAAUCCCUGUGAAUAUGAGAUUUCAUACUUUGGAUGAAGUUUCAAAUCAAGAUAAUACACCUAAAAGUGAUUCAACAAAUACUCCUGAUCAGUUGUCCACAGUAAUCAUGAUACAAACUACGGAUUCCAAUAAACAUGAGAUGGAAAUCGACUAUGGCGAUUCAAAUAAUCUUUGGAAAGUUCUUCUAGCGCAAGUUUAUCAAAUUCGAAAGGAUUUAUACGCACCAGUACAAUUGGUUCGACAAAUCACGAUACCUGGGAAUAGUAUAAGAAAUGCAAUUGAACAUACAAAUGUAUGGACAUAUCAUUUGAAUGAUCAAAGUAAUCCAAGAAUACUUGAUACUCAUACUUCAAUAGGUGGUGGAGGAUAUUCAGAUUUUGGCGUAAAUUUUGAUAAGAAGUCACAACCAUAUCACUUUUUUAAGAAUCAUUUUCGACGUAGUAUUUCGGCACAGAAUUAUCUAUCUGGAUCAGAUUUACAUCGUUCAAAACGUCAAAUGUCCCAUCCUUUUUCUAAGAGAUUUACUGCUCGGUCUAUUUUUAAUUAUAAUGACAAGAAUUAUAAUAAUCUCGGUGAAGAAGUAGACUGGCAUUAUCAGAAGACCCUGACAGUGAAUGGUCAAAAUCUGCUCAAUGUUAAUUUUAACUGGGCAUUACAAUUAGAAACUUAUCAACAUGUUUCAACUGGACACAUUCUUUUGCAAGUCGUGUAUAAUGCGAAUUUUCAACCGAUGAUUUUUAAUGCUUCUGCAAAUUACUUGCAAUCGGCGGGAGCACAUGAAAUGUUUUAUCCAACAAAAGCAGAUUAUAUACGACCAGCCACAUUGAUACUUGCAUAUACAAAGACUGGACAUUUAAGUGCAGUUGAGUGGGGAAAUGCAAGUUAUCAUUUUUCCUAUGAUGUUCUGAAUCGAUUGAAAGCAGCCGAUUUAGGAAGACCUGCGGAUACUUUAUCAUUUCAAUAUGGAAUCCAAAAUAUUCCAUUUCAGCCAACAAUGGUUUCUGUGAGUGGAUCAGGUCUCUACACAUUACUUUAUUCUGAUAGCUUUAUUGGGUCUAGUGAACAUCAAGAAGCUAGUUCAUUAUCAUCAUCAAAAUCAGACUAUAUUGGUCUUUCUGGAGUUAUCACUCCAACCGGUCUUAGACGUCAGUUUACUCGAAUCAAUGGAAUAAAAGUUAAUCGUUUGAUGUUUACACCAUGGCUAGACUCACCCGGUUCCUGGGUCUAUGAAUGGGGAAGUGAUGUUGGUAGUUCUAUGAAAUUAUCAUCAGAUCAUUCACACUUGCUUCGUUUCAUAUGGCCAAGUAGUUAUAGGCGUAUAUCAAUAUUUCCUAAACAAAAUUUCGUAAUUUACGAUAAAACAUCAGUUCGAUGGGAUUCUAAUGGUUUGAAGCAACCAGUUAAUAUAUUAACUGCUCCACUUGUACAGUUGACGGAUACUGCAUCUGGUUUUCGAUUACAGUAUCAGCGUAUCUUUCAAGGAAGUUUAUUACAAUCUUUGCAUAUAAAUCACCGACUACCAGGUGUAAAAACUGCCCAUCCUAAUCUUGGAGGAAUCCUGAAUGCGAAAUUCACUUAUGGUUAUGACUUAAAUAUGAAUGUCAUGGGUCUAUGUGAACCAACAUCAAAAGCUGUUAUAUGUGAUGGGAUGACAUCAUCCAUAACAUCCUCAUUUUUAUAUUUGUUUCUCAUUAUAUCGGGUCAUGGUACAACAGAUAUGUCCACGGCAGAAAACUGA